AUGGAGACUGUCAACCAAACCGUCCAUCAAGUGAUGAACGUCGCCUCCCAGGCGAUCUGGGGGGGCGAUACUGCCCAGAAAAAUGAUAACAAUGUAUCCCACGGCGAAGAACCUAUUUCUGGCGUGCAAGGAAAGGGCCUCGUGAAUGAUCCUUAUGACGCUGGAAAUCGCGAUGAACAACCCGAGGCCCCUUCCACCGACGCAAACACAGCCCCUCAAGAACCCAAUCUCUCCGGCGACUCUCUCAACAAAGCCAAUGGCACCCGCGAACGCGCCACCAACGGCCUCAAAACCGACAAUGUCAUCGCCGUCCCCUCACCCUCCGAACAGCGCAACCAAGAGGGCUCCUCCACCGGCUCACAAAGCCAGACCAGCAAUCCCGCCCCAACAGCGACUUCAUCCAGCGCUGCCCCUACCCCAACAGCCGCCGCCAGCUCCUCGAACGCCAGGCCCGCCAACCCUAACUCGCAAGUAAGCCAAGAGGCGCUGAGGGGCCCGCAAGGCCCGGCAAAGUACUCCGCAGAGCAGUUCGAGCGAGACGAGAAACUAGCCCAGCAACAGAAGCGGUCGAAGCUAAAGAAGGAGGAAGAGGGUUCGGCACCGGCUCGGAGCGAGCGGAGUGAUUCGGGGGGCAACUCAUCCAAGAACUCGUCGAAGAGCAGUGAUGGGAACGGAAAGACGAGCCCGAUGGCGAAGGUGAAGCAGACUCUGAAUAAGGUUACGCACCGCAGAGGGAACAGCCAGAAGUCCACUUCGAGCGAGUAG